AUGGCCAAGCGCGCCACGAGGUCAGCCGCUACCGAACAAGCCUCCGGCACGGCACGGUCUACCAGGUCGACGAAGACCUCCGCAGCCGCAGGCGGCUCGAAGAAAUCGACUAAGCCUACAAAAGGCAAGGCAAAUGAAGCGGUCGCCAAGAAGAAGGUACAGAAGAGUAAGGAGGCAGAGAAGGAAGAACAUACCACCAACGUACGCAAGAGGGCAUUGAAGAUGAUGAACGAAGAGGAAUUACCGGCCGAUGAAGAGCCACGAAAAGCAAAAAAAAAGAGGCGUGCUGGUACGGAGGCCGAGGCAGACGUCGACGAACAGGAUAAGCCGGUCGAAGACACUCCGGAGGAUGUGGAGAUGGAGGAUGUGGCGACUAAGCAGAGUAAAUCCAUUCGACCCAAACCUAAGCCGGCGUACGGGAAAUUUGCAAAAGACAGAACUGCUUUGGAUGCCGGCGAGGAAGAUAUUGUGCGGUCAUUGGGCGGUGGUCGCCGUCAAACUGGGGACAAGGCGAGUGGGAAGGACAAGGGUAAGGCUAAAGCGACACGCAAGGACGAAGCAGUCGAAUCUACCGACGAAAGCGAGGAGGGCGAUGGUAAGGUUGACGGUGUCGAGAUAGAGAAUGAGGACGAAGACGAGGAAGAACGCGAAGACGAAGGCGGAGACGGCGAUGGUGAGGAUGAAGCCGAGGUGGAGAGCGGGUCUGAAAAGGGGGAGGACGAUGAUAUGAUCGAGGAGCAGGACGAGGAGGACGAGGGCGACGUUAUACAUAGCACUUACAAUAUACAGCUGCUGUCUGAAACCAAGGCCAAUCAGAAGAGUGAUCGUGACAAGCUGACGGCCGGUGAAGGCGAAACUAGCCGUCGCGUCAAGGUCGCCGACUUGCCGAAUAGCGUCAAAUCUCUCGUCUCGGCAGCGCAGAAUUGCCUGCAUCUGCGCAUUGCCCUCAACUCUGCAUGGACGCAGGAAGCAUCCGUCACGUCGCAGCGACUCCCCACCAGCUUCAAAUUGGUCAAGGAUAGCCUCGACGAUACACUUACAGGACGCGGUAAGAAUGACCAACCUAACGCUGCAAUGGAGGAAGCACUGCAGUUGCUGCAGGACGACCGGAAGAAAGUCAGGCUUUCGAAGAAGGAACGAGAGGAACGAGAGGCAAUGGAGGCAAUGAGAAAGAAGGUGUACACUGUGACGCGGAACGAGCUGAAGAAAAAGGCCAAACAGGUAGUUGAGCAAGUCUUCAAGUUCGGCGGUCUGUCUGUCGCUCAACGCACAGAGGCUGCCUUCUGGCUUCUCGAGACGCACCCUACAGUCGUGAGCGAUGGCACAAAAAAACGCGGCAUCCCCAACUUCGUCUUCGGGGGCAUCGAAAUCCAUUUCGAUCGGAAGAAGAAGCUGGAUCGGGAGCGUACGAAGGUCGAGCCGAAGGAGCCCUUCCGGGAUGAAAGCAUCCCGGAGCUUAUCUACCAGUACUACGGCCUGGCCGGUCGCCCUGAUGCGAGCAUCAAUGCGGCGCUGGAUGACUUCAGGAAAGUCCCACUUAAUCUCAUAGCCGUCUCGUGUAAUGCGUUAUGCAUACCAUCACAGAUAGAGUCAGCACUGAUGGAUGUGGCAUCGCGCAGCCAGCCUACAGUGUUUUCGAACAAGCACUUCGCUCCAAAGUGGGAUAGCAUGAUGGCUAUCCUAGAGACUCUCGAAGAGAGAGCCAGCGAGUAUCUCGAGGUGACGAAGGGGUUGAUUUGGAAGCACAUCAGCACUCGUCUCAAUGCGGGCCCGAACGUGUUCGAGGAGUCUGUAGAGAGUGAUGAUGAGUCGGAGAGCGGUUUCAUACCUCUGCUCGAAUUGCAACCGUCAAAGCCGCAGAGCGACAGCAACGAGCCUGGCACGUCGAAGGUGGCGUCGAAGGUGGCGUCGAAGGUCGCAUCGAAGGUCGCGUCCACUGGCAAGCCUCCAUCGAGCACAGUGAAUAGGGCGGACACCUGGGAAGUCAUCCAGCUCGACGAAGACACCUGGCAAACCAUCCAGCUCGGCGAAGAGCACCAAGACCCCCCCAGCCCUUCGAAGAAACCUCGGAGCGCAGGUGCCUCAACAUCGAAGGCUAGGAGCAAACGUCGUGUCGACAGCGACGAAGACGACGAGGUCAUCUCAGGCGAGGAGCAGGGCCCGGGUCCAAGCGAUAAUGAAGGGAGUGGUGGAGUUGCAGGCGAUGUAGGCGACAUAGCUGAACUUCGGGAAUCUGGCGAAGAACCUGUCGACGCCGCGUCCAACGAUGAGGGUGCCUGA